UUCUAGUUAUGACCUUGGAUGAUCUCAUAUAUGUAAUUUCCUUACUCAUUUCUCUACUAUGUGGUCCUCUGAUAUGCUACGCAAGAGGGAAUUCGAAGAAGCCAGUUUCAUUCUUGUUUGUAGGCAUUUCAUUGUUCACUCUCUCUCUACGCUCUUUGGAUUCAUUAUACUUUUCGGAAUAUUUAAAGAAAGGCAAAUUAAUUUUUUUUAUUGGUUUUAGAUUUAUUCAUAUUGCUUCCUUCAUAUGGUGCUUUGGUUACCUCGGCUACUUUAGAACCUCAUAUCUAUUUGGCCAUGAAAUACCGACUCCACAUACGAAUGCACUCCAACUAUUAUUGACUUUGAGGCUAAUUGGCUUGGGAUUUGAACUUCACGACUCAUGGCUCAUCUUGUCUAAACUUGAAAAGAUGGAUCGUAAAUGUGCCGAGUGGCCUGAGCUCAAGCUUAGAGAAAAGUUUUGUUGUAUUUCUCUGAAUGUUUUCGAUAUAUUUUGCUACUCUUAUUGUUACAUAGGCCUUUUUACCGAUAUGUGUGAAUGGCCGCUCGGAGCUCAGGAGCCCUCAAAUGCACCUCUCCAAAGCAGGCUUCAGGAGGCCUCAUUAUUUGGUAUUUAUGUUCGUACGGAUGAAUUUUUCUUGCAGCCUUUCUUCUACAGAUUCUUUUACAUGUUCAUAAUGUUUGUUAUCUUUCGAGCUCGCAUUUAUAGCGCUUGGAAAAUGUCGGAAGCUGUUUGUAUUUCAGCCCGCUUAGGCAUUUAUCCAAGCGUUAGUCAGCCUCGCAGUGGUGCUGGUCCAACGCGUCUAGAUGAGCUAGAA